AUGAAGAACCAAAUGAGCCUCGAGGAGCAAAUGGCUUCGCUCGAACUCAGGGAAGCUAUAAUCCUAAACGGGUUCAAGACAGACGCAACGCCUAACGAAAUAAUUCUAUCCGCCGUUAAGAAGGUUCCAACAUCUACUUCUAAGACAAACUUCUUUUCGCUACCACUAGAGGUACGGCAAAUGAUUUACGAUGAGGUCUAUAUAACUGGAUGGGACGACGAUGGUAUAUACGACUAUUCCCAGCUAGGUCUAUAUUAUCACAAGACCUCAUUUCCAAAUAUCGGUCUCAGUCGAGUAUGCAAACAAAUGUAUAGCGACGUCACUCCAUACAUCUAUAAGAAAGUGAGCGUAAGUCUUCCUCUCGAAGACUGGCACAAAUUCUUCUACGAGAUUGGCCCUCACAAUAUACGCCAUAUCCAAGAGAUCACGAUCAACUACAGGUGUUCGUUGUGGGGAGGUGCCUGGAACUGCUGGGGACGGGAUGAACACAAAGACAACUAUAACAAAUGGGAAGGAAUAUUUCGCAGUAUUUCUCUCGGAAGCAUGAAGCCCAAAAAAGUCAUGGUUUGGUUCGACCCCUGCGACAAUUACUCCAGAUAUGAAGACGGCACGCCGGUUGAUGGUUAUCAAUACCUACGCUGCCAAGUUUACGAAGACCUAUGGUUCGUCAAGGGCAUUCUUCGGUGCUUUUGGCAAGCUCGGAAAAUAGAAUUUCGUGGCGAAUUCAAUCCUCUUUGGGGACAUACCUUACGCAAAGGUCUCGACUUCAUUCUUAGACGCGACGGUGACGACCGAAUGGCACUAUUCAAUCCGAAAUUUAUCUGCCCCGCUGUCGACCUAAAGAACUGUACCAAAAUUUCCGACGUCGUAUAUGAUAAGAUACAGACGCCAUGGGCCAAUCUACCAACUUGGUGA